AUGUCCGCUCUCGACGCCAUCGGGCCCGUUUGUGGCCACGCAAUCGAUCAAGACGUUGCCAAUGCAGCCUCAAAUGCCUCAAUUAAUGCCUCGGAUCUCCUGGAUCAAGAGCUCGGUCGCAAACUGGAGACCCCGCUGGACGAGCGCGGCGAAAUCGUCCUGGCACAGCUCCAGGCUUUCGAAUUGUUCCGAUUCUCGUACCCCGCCGACCAUGGCCAAGCCCUGCACGAUUGGAUAGAGGAAGAGUUUGCGCUUGCUGUGGAUGAGGAAAAGGUCUUCCAAUUCUGGGACGACGUCAAGAGCAAGGGCAGCACGCGAUCGGAGACGUUGAACAACACAGACAACCUUUACUACGUUUGGAGAAUCGUCGACCACCGCCGACAUGCCGCCGCCCCGAACCACGAGCCUGGCGAGCUCAAGGAAAAAGCCACCCCCGCGUUUAUUGAUACCAUUCCUGGCUCCUUAUUCAACGACUACCUCGCCUGCCACAACCUGACGCGCAUGCUGCGAACGAGGAAGAAGACUGGCAGAAAACCGAAGGCCAAAGCUCGGAACGGAAGCAUUGCCGCCAAACAGCAUCCUCGACGAAGCUCGGUCUCCGUUGACCAUCGCAACCAGUCCGACGAGAGUACUAUUCACCCCAAUCACGGCGAUGUUCCUCGAAGCCCCUCCUUCGCAGGAUACCCUGGCAUUGGUGGUCUCCCGGCUUCUGGUCAUGGACCCAACAUCCCGGACUGCUCCUCCGGUUGCCACCAACAAGAAGCCUCCAUACUUUCAGUGGCAGAAAGCCCCCGCGGAUGGAGCGGCCCAGGAUUACGUGUCAACAUGAUGUCCGGACAGAUCGAAUACAAUGCCUUGACGGCGACCGGAACUUCCUACGCCGACGAGACCAGCCUCAUCAAUCAAAUCAACGACAUGAGACUGUCCCCCGAGAGUGCAUUGGCAGAAAAGACCAUUCAAGUUGAGAUUUUAGGACGGGAGCUAAGAAGACAGGCGGAACAAAGCGUCGAGGAGCGGCGGCAGGCAUUCGAAGAUCGGGAGAAGUUCAAAGUGGCCGAGACAGAGACCCGGAGGCUGUCGAUGCAGCUUGACAGGGCAAAUGGGUACAUCGCUGAGUUGGAGGCGCGGAACAGCAUGCUCCGUCAGCAGCUUCAGCGUGCAGAUGUUCAAGUAGAUGGCUGA